UCUGCCUGUGGAAAGAUACCUUGGAUCUGCUACAGGCUUCUUGAUCUUUAUGAUCUGGAAGACGCUAUUUGCUUCUUAGAUUUAGUAGACGAAGUAGUUUUGCGGCGGCGCAUCUCUGCAGAGUUUGUUUGGCUUCUAAUUGUGGUAGUAGAUAUUUUGGAUGCUUAAGUUGGGCGGUAGCCUUGGAUAUUUUAAAGUAUAAUCUUCUUCGGGUGUCUAAGAAAAUGGCAGAUGACCUAGAAAGGUUUAUUGAAGAGCAUAAAAUGAAGUUGGCUAGAGACAAAGCAGAACUAGAAUGUGACCCUCCAUAUAUGGAGAUCAGGACAAAGAGAACCGAUCCUAUUUCAGAAAUGGAUGCAGCAGUUAAAAUCAAGGAAAACUUAUCUCCCAAUAUUCAGCAUGUAAGGGAAAGCAUUCGCAUUAACGUACACAAAGAUGAGAACAUUGGAUUAAGUCUGCCUCUUGGAGAAGAGUAUGAGAGGAAGAAACACAAACUGAAGGAAGAACUUCGACAGGACUACAGAAAAUUCAUUGCACAGAAAAAUGCCAGGAAUAAUGACACAGAUCAGUCUACUCAAGGAUUGUCUCUUCCCAUUGGAGAGAGGAGAUCUGCUAAGUUAUCUCUGAGCGCAUUUGACUUUUUUCCUCUAGAUUGCUGGAAGUCAUGUCUUUCAACAAAGCUGGCGCUUGAACUGCGUUUUGCUGAGCAGCUGCAGGAUUCUUCCCAGUCAGUGUUUUCUCCUCUCUUUUGUGGUUAA